AAUAUUACGUUCCUUUCAUUUCAUUCCCGGCAUUCGCCCCGUGGCGGCCGGACGUCGGCUGAAUGAAUGAGGACCGUGUUUACCGCAUCGUGUUACAAUUCGAAAAUCUAUAUAGCGUCGUAGUAUGUUAGGCAAUAUUUUUAUGGAGGCAGUUGUGGCCUCAUGCAUAGAUCUUGAGUUAAAUAAGAUGUUUACUUACCAAACAAAAUUGGUGAAGACUGAAGAGUAAUGAUGAUAUGUACGAUUUGUAGUAGACAUUAUGAAACAAACAAACGAGUAUUGCAAACACUGACCUUCCUACAAUUGAUCGGAGAGACAUGGAAGACCCGGAUUGCAUCAGCAGAUUCUUCAGUGAGGAGGAAAAUUCCUUGGCUAUAAGUCCUCGUAUACUCCAGCACUCGAUAUCACCAACAAAAUCAUUAGACUCCUCACAAGAUCUAAGUCAGGCAUCCAUAGAGUCGGAUGAUCUUAGUCUAUCGCAAUUAACAAUAGAGGAACAAGAACCUAUACAUGUACAACCUUUUUUCAACAUCACCCCCAGGAUAAUGCCAGUAUCCCCACAUUAUGUGGUCGAAGAAGAGUUCUACUCUAACCCCUGGGCUAUGUUAAUAGCAACGAUCUUCCUAACAAAAACUUCAGGCAAAACUGCCAGGCCUUACAUGAAGACAUUUUUUGAAGAAUAUCGGACACCUUACCAUGUUUUAAACGACACUCCAGUAUCUUUAGAAAGAUUUUUUGAUAACUUGGGAUUAAGGAAAAGAGGCCACAUGAUAUGGAAGCUCAGUUAUCAGUUUAUAUCUUCAAAAUGGCGCAGGGCAAGUGACUUAUGCGGCAUCGGGAAGUACGGCGAGGACGCCUAUAGGAUAUUCUGCCUAGGGCACACGGAUAUAGACCCUAAUGAUAGGUACUUAAAGCUGUAUUUAGACUGGCUAAGAGGCCACACUGAGUUUAUGGAAGAAAGUGGACAGGUGGACAGUGAAUGCGUGAUUGAAGACCCAAUUUUAAAGUAUUACAGAAUAACUUUGAGAGAUGUGAAUGCAAUUUUUCUGAAGUGACUAAACAAUUAAAUAAAAACCUACUUACAAGGCACUUACAAGUGCCUGUAGUUGUUAAAUAAAUACAAAAAUAUUGCGUGGUCUCAAGGUCUUUAAUAAAUCAAUCAGUUUUAAAACUCCUUCUAAAAAGAUUUUUCAAUCAUCAGUGAACUUUUGCCUUAGGAAUAAAUAUUUAAAUAUAGUGGUUUGAACAAUCGGUCCAAAAUAGAAGAGUUUAUGUCGAAACCUUUUAGGAUCUGUACGUCAUUCUUAACAUAAUUAUGUGCAAUUGUUUCCAUUAAAAAUAUUUAAAUAUUGUUUUUUUUCUUUUCGCCGUCGUUGUGUCAGCCGAAAGCAGUCCACUGCUAGACAAAAGCCUCAAAAAUCUGGGCACAAAAUGUUAGUAGUUACUUUAACACGCCUGGCAAAUAAACGAAAGCAACAACUCGCUUGAAAAGAGAACCGUAUCUAAAACUAGAGGCGCUUAAAAAAGUGAAUAUUGUCAUAUAAGUAAUUAUAUUAUUUUUAUUAUUGGAUCAAAUAAUGAUUUCAUCGGUACCUAGAAACACAAACAACUACGGACCAUCUAUACUUUUUACGCAGAUUUUAAUCUUCUGAGCAUUUAAUUGAGGUACCUAGUAAAAGACAUUAAAUACCUAACCU